GAGGGCCCCAGCGCAGAGCGCUGGGGGGCACACGGUCCCAGCACGGAGCGGCCGCAGAAAGAGACAGGGUCCCACUGCGGAGCAGAGGGAGAGAGCGAAAGAAGCCCUGUGCGGAGCAGCAGGAGAGACGGAGACGGAGAGGGCCCCAGGGCGGAGCCGCGGGAGAGUGAGGAAGAGGAUCCUGGUGCGGAGCAGCCGGAGGGAGGAAGAGGGUCCCAGCGCGGAGCGGUUGGUGACAGACGGGUCCCAUCGCGGAGCUGGAUGAGACGGAGGGGAGGCCCCAGCGCGGAGCGGGAGGAGCCCAGCCUGGAGAGGGAGGGGUCCCGCUCAGUGGCCUCGCCUCGCCAGCUCACCCCCGCUGUCAGCUUCACUCUGAGCGGCUGUCUCUCUUCCCGGAGGCCACCAACAUGGAGAGGAAGCGAACGACUUGCCCGUCUCUGCCCACCGGGUGGAAAAAGGAGGAGGUGAUCCGGAAAUCGGGGCUCAGCGCCGGCAAGAGCGACAUUUAUUACUACAGCCCAAGUGGUAAGAAGUUCAGGAGUAAACCUCAGCUGGCUCGAUAUCUUGGAAACAGCAUCGACCUCAAUAGCUUUGACUUUCGGACUGGGAAGAUGAUGCCCAAUAAAUUACAGAGGAAUAAACAGCGUCUUCGCAAUGAAGCAAUAAAUCAAACAAAGGGCAAGUUGGACUUGAACACAUCCCUGCCAAUAAGACAGACUGCCUCCAUUUUCAAACAGCCAGUAACUAAAGUUACAGAUCACCCCAAUAACAAAGUAAAAAUGGAGCUGCAGAAAGAAGUCGAGCAACCACGGCAACUUUUUUGGGAGAAACGGCUGCAAGGUUUGAGUGCAUGCGACAUUGCUGAACAGAUCAUUAAAUCAGUAGAACUUCCCAAAGGGUUGCAAGGUAUUGGCCCUGGCAACACAAAUGAAGCCUUAUUGUCUGCAAUAGCAAGUGCCUUACACACCAGUUCUGGACCCAUUAUUGGACAACCGUCUCCAGCUGUAGAGAAAAACCCAGCGGUUUGGCUCAACGUAUACCAGCCAAUGUGUAGAGCAUUUGUUGUCACAGAUAAGGAUAUCAGGAAACAAGAAGAACGAGUACAGCAGGUGCGGAAAAAGCUGGAGGAAGCUCUAAUGGCAGACGAGUUAGCACGAGCAGAGGAAGUCACAGAAGAAGGACAUGUGGAACAAGAGCAACAUGAUGCACAUGGGACAUUAAUUUCAAUUUGCACUCACUCUCAAGCCUAUUAAUUCAAGACUAUGUGCAAGGGCGUAGGAUUGAAAGGAAAGUGCAACUUGAGCAAAGACAUCAAGGAUUCGAUUGAAAAUGGAUCAGUGUACUACUUGGAUCUUUUAUUAUAUUUUUUUAACGGGUCGAAUUGGCCUGAGAGGCAGUAAGAUUUAUAUAACCACUUCAAUGUUCAUUGAAAUGUGUGGACAUUUAUGGCCUCUACCUUUUUCAUUUCCACCAUCAUGUUGAAAAGGACAGAAUAUUCUUACUUUUGUGCAUUGGAUUCUGGAACCAAUUGUGCUCGAUCCUUGAUUUCAACAGAAUUCUGAAGUCUUCCACCAACCAUUGAUGUCUAAAGAAAGCAGUUCUGUUUUUUCUACAGAAAUUGAUAUCUUUGAUUUCACUUGUUGGUCCGCUGAAGCAGCACGAUUUACUUGGAAAGAAGGAACAUUGUAGCUUGAAUACGUACUUGCAGCCUUCACUUUCUGAGUCUCAUUUGUUUUUUCAUUCCCCCCUUGUUUUACCCAUUCCCACUUCAAAUUAACCCUCUGAACUGUUAACGCUGCCUCCCACCCACCCCCUUCCCAAUACUCCAACCACCACCAUUACUGGAAGGAAGAUGGCUAAUAUUAGAAUCUCAUGAAUGACAAGAUAAACAGCAAACGUUGCAACAGGCAAAUCUUUGUAUCACAGUAUAAACAGAAAAUUCAUACUAUUAAUUUAAUAAAGAAAGACAAGGUUCCCCAAUGGUGGAAAACUUGCAGUGUUAUACGGCUGAAUUCAACAUGAUAAUUCUUUUGGGCAUCAGAUUCUGUAUAAUUAUUGAAAUAUGUGAUAAAUAUAUUUUUAAAGUUGGGUUCUUUUCUUUGGUUCAUAAUAUCUUUGCAAAAGUAAUUGGAUUAUGUGACACUGUGCAAUGUAAACAUGCUCUUCUAGAUACCAGAAAUAUUUUUUUUGUGCUGUAUAUAAGUAAUUUGUCAAUUUAUCAUGUGGCCUAGGAUAACCUAUGGCUUUAUGUCUGAGUAAAACAAAAAAGGAUAUAUAUAAAGAAAAGAAUAUAUAAUUAUUUACUGAAUACACUUAUACAAUCUAUUAUGGCAAAAUAAAGGAAUUGGUUUACAUUUGGCAA